UACGACACCACAACCACACCCAGGACCAGACAUUGCAGCAUUGUUAUCAACAAGAUCUGCGUUUGUUAUUUUAGUGGCUACGUUCUGUCGUUAUCUGCGGAACUAUCACUUCUCUCAUUCCCAGUAAAGUAAACCCUGGCAUGUUUUGUACUGUAGAUCCUCUCUUAAAGUAACAGGAACGUGUAUUUAUGGAAACCUAAUGGGGAUUAGCGUAUCUGGUUAAAGAACCACAUACGGUCACUUGUUGUCAGGGACAUAUUUUUUUCACCUUGCCACCUCGGGGACUCAGUUUAGCAACCUCUUGGUUACUGGUCUAAUGCUCUGACUAGUCUACCCCGUCAACCCAAACGUAAUGAGUCUGAGUAAAUGCGGUAAUUGCCUUAAGUGAGUAAUUUGACAGCAGUACUCCCUUUGACCGAGGUCCUCCAGGGGAUGGGAUGCCCUGGGGAUGCAGAAUAGUUACCGUGCUUGUAGGAAACCAUCCGAGAGAUGUGUCUGCAGUCAAAUGAACUGAUGUAAUGUUUAGAUUUCUAAAUAUAAAACAUAACUAAUUAAAAUUACACCACAUUAAAAAGGACAGCUUGCGUAAUGGUUGUGUUGGUUUUACUGACAUCAUCCUCCACAAAUAGCACCAUAUUCCCUGUUCAGAACUGACAAGAGCCUUGUUGAAAGAAGUAAGAAAACUCUACACCCACGAUGACCAUAGGUGUUGGAUUAAACCGUUUUACAAUGGAUGUGGGGUAACAAAUCAAGGAAGCGUUUGGUGGGGAUUAAGUAUUAUGCCCACUAGAGGGUCCUGUUGCAUCGUUCCCGCCUACUCCCACCAUGGAGAAGGUUAGAGUCCUUCUUAGUUUCAUUCAAUACACCUAUCAUCUAUCUUCAGUCCAAAGUUAGCUGUGAUUUCUUGGUGUAGCUUAACAUGUUCAACUGAGUGAUUUCUUGAUCCAUAACCAGGUUUAUGUGGUUCUGUGUUGUCCUCUUGUAUUUGAAUGCCUGUUGCCUAGACAUCUAUACAAAUGUAAUUGGUUCUCAGUUGACAUAAAUUAUUAAAUGACUUGUCAUCUGUACAUGCAAAAAUAUUGAUGAGGCCCAAAAAGGACAUGUACUCUUAUAAAUCUUCAUCCGGCACAGCCAGAAAAGGACACACCACCCUUCGGAGUCUGGCUCCUCUCUAGAUUACCUUACUAGGGAGAUUUUCCUAGCCCCAUAACUGUUGUUGUUGAUGUUUGCUCUUUGGGUUUAAGGCUUGUUAUUCGUAAGUUAUUUGUGAAAUCUGCUGAUGUAAAUGGACAAUUUAUUAAAUACAUCACAUGAAGUUGAAAUGAAGUAGAAAAAUCUAUGUUUAAAACCAAUUCAUCAGGAAGGAUGAAGUUGGAAAUCCCACUUACUUAAAUACAUUAGUAAUGGCACCAUCUGCGAAAUCACAAGUACUUCACAAUAACAAAUAACUCGUAAUAAAUAUUAAAUAGAGAGGCGUCCUUCUCUAUCAGUUAAUCCUGGUCGUUCGGGGAAAACAACACAAAUGAACGAAGCACAGAAAAUAACGCAUCAUAUGAUACAGUCCAAUUAUCUAGAUUACAACAACGUUCAGGCCAAUUGUUAAAUUUAUAAAAUGUUUUAAAAUCCAUGACCAAUGUCUGUUAUUAACAAAUAACUAAAUUAUGUGUUCUGACAAAACCAUGUGUGCAAAUCUCUAUUUGGUUUUAGUGUGGUGAUUUCUAACUUGAGAAUAUUCAGAUCAGCCAGGUUGUUUAUGAACCUAUAAUGUCUUUUUCCUUCAUUAAUUUUGAGAUACAAAAUCACACCCAAAAUAGAGGUAAUAAAUAUCCUGAAUAAAAAAAUAAGCGAACAUAACCUAAGUAUCCACCAUUAUCUCCCCGUUUCAUUAGCCUAUAUAAAUGACCCUUUUUUUAACGUAACAUGGGCCUCAUAGCCAAGUGAAUUCGAUGCACGCAAACAGAUAUUUUUAUAUAUAUAUUUUUGUUGCAGCCACACAAUAAUAUAUUUUUUUCAACCUUAAUCCAACCGUAAAACGCGUUCCUUUACCCGUCGAGACGCGCGUCACAGUCACAACCUGCACAACGCCGCGCGCGAGUUUGGACGUGCACCACCGCAGUAGCCGAGAAGCAAUCGAGUGAAUUCUGUUGGAUCACAUCACCUGUUCUCUUGGUCCUUUUUCCGGACUUUUGCAUCAAAUCCAGAAACUAAUUAAUUAAUAUAUUUAACCACUAAGAUCUCCUCUAAAAAUGGAUUGUUCUACCGAGGAGGUGCAGUCGCUUUUGGAAGAAGCCACCACUCCAGUGGAAUUAAAAAAAGGAAUGUCCAUAUUUCAGGAUAUCUUACGAAGAGCGGACAAAAACGAUGAUGGGAAGCUGUCAUUUGACGAGUUCAGAGCCUACUUCCAAGAUGGAGUUCUAACGUCAGAUGAAUUGAAGGAGCUCUUUCACACAAUCGAUACUCACAACACAGACAAUGUGGACACAGAUGAGCUCUGUGAGUAUUUUUCCCAGCAUCUUGGGCAGUAUGAGAAUGUGCUGGCAGCCUUAGAGGACCUGAACAUGACAAUACUGAAGGCUAUGGACAAAACCAAAAAGGACUACCAGGAAGCUACUCACCUGGAGCAGUUUGUGACACGAUUCCUUUUGAAGGAGACAACCAAUCAGCUUCACUCGCUGCAGAGCUCGCUGGAGUGUGCCAUGGAGACCACAGCAGAGCAGACCCGCCAAGAGAGGAAGGGCCCUGUGAAGCCAGAGGUACUGUCGAUCCAGUGGGCUGGCCGGCGAUCCAGUAGACGACUUCAGAGGAACAACAGUCUGUCUCCUAAUAACCCACUUCUCAGCCUCGUCAACUCUGGUCUGUACGAGGAGGACAACCAGUGGCUGAUCCAGGUCAAUCGACUCCAGAAGCUCAUCGAUCGCCUGGAGAAGAAGGAACUUCGCCUGGAACCCGUCGAAGAGGAGAUCCUGGAAGGCACAGCCAAAUCGCACAUUCUGGUAGUCCAGAGACAGCUGAGUGUGUUGGAGGAGGAGUUGGAAGAGUUUCGUCUGGCUCUCAGACAGUACAUGGAGUGUGCCUGCGCCCAGACAGGCUGCCUACAUGUUGCAGUUCAGCGAUUCGCUAAUGAAUCUCGAUUCAUCCUCUAUGAGUUCUGGGAGCAAAACAAUGUCUGGAAGAACCAUCUGCAGACCAACUACAGUAAGACAUUUCAGAGAGGAAACGUGGACUUCCUGGAGACCCCAGAGAUCAUGACUACCAUGCUGGUGCCUGCCUCCUGGUGGGUCUUGAACAACAACUGAAAAUGUCAGACCACCCACAUUGCUGGUUUAAGGACAUUACAGACCAGGACCAAGCAGAACAUAGUUUGAAGAGUUUAUUAUCAACAUUUUAGUAACGAAGAAGAACACACACACAAUACUACAUGCACGCAUGCACACACACACACUCACACACACCAAUGUCUACUUGUACUGUGAAAUCAUGGUGGAUUAGUAUUCCCUUCAUUAUGAUCUGUGUUCCACACUCCUGGAUGUUACUUGUUUUGAUAUUCACCUUUCUAAAGCAAUGACAUCAGCAGUUGUCAGCCAGCGGUGUUAGGAUCUGAUGGGUGACAUCAUCACUGAUGGGUGACAUCAUCACUGCGUGUGACAUGACAACAUCGGCUGUCCACGGAAGUGUAUGACUCCUCAAUGUGGGCAUGUGGUUGUAAAUUAGCUGUGCGCGUGCUUCCGUGUGCGGGCACGCGUGCAUGAGUUCGUCAGAGAUCUUUGUACACAUGCGUAGCAGCAGGACCUAGGAGGAGCAGACCAACUGGUUGACAUACAUGCCAAGAACAAAAUGGCCUCUCAAUAUUUCAUGUAUUUUAAUGUGUCGAUCUGCUUUAUCUGUGCUAAGAUAAUUACCCAGUUGUUUCUCCCUGUAUCUGAUGGUAUUUCAUAGUUGCAUAAUUUGAACCUGAUAGAUUGAGGGGAACCCAGUAUGGUUUCAUAGGCUAACGGAAAUGUCUAACAUUGUACCAUAUUACCAAACUGUGAGGUGAAGGAAGACUUGGCUGAGUACAAACUGACCAGGUAUGGUCUUUACAAAGCUAUGAAAGAGAUCAAAAGGUCAGUAUAGGGACAAAGAGGUCAAAAGGUUGGUGUAGGGACUAAUUAGAGCCACAACUCAUUGGGUUGGACUCCUGAUAGACACCACCAGGAACGCUAAACCCCAGAAUACGUACACACUUACCUGUGUGUAAACCAUGCACGCAAUAACCACGCAAACUGGGAUUCAGCAGUGUCAGCGUCUGCUUGAGAGCGUUCCUACAUGUGUCUGAACCCACAGAGCCUAGUGGUGGAAUGAGGGAGCCGCAUCUGAAACACUGAUGAGUUCAUACGGAAAAUUCAUAAUCUCUUUUUUUUUUCUUCUCAUAAUUCCUAAAAUAACGAUGUGAGGAAUAGACGGCACCCAUAGAUCAAAAAAGUACCACCCCCAGAGUAGGAUAUGAAGAGUGUCGGCCGACUUAGAAGAUGCAGUUGAAUAGUGGCAAAGCAGAGUAUUGUAUAACUGCAUAAUGCUCCUUUGACUGAUUUUUAUAUAUAUAUAUAUACAUACACACACUCUCCUAUUUGUAUUAUUGAUUUGUAAAUGUGUACAAUUGGUAGAUUUGUAAUUUGUACAUGUCAAAGUUACAUUCUUUAGCAUAGUGCUUUGUUCAGGAGCUGAUAAAGAGGUAUUUCACCACACUGUGACAAAGUCUGAUGUAACCAAUAAAAUGUUGAAGCUCUGAAGCAUUUCAAACACA